UAAUUUUCAUUUUUUAAAACUACUUUUCAGCCUUAUUCUUAUGAAUAUAUAGUUAUAAAAUUGUACACAAUUCCAGAAACUUGUUCGUGCUUUUGUAGUGCAGAGCUGAUCUUUUCUUUCCUAGGCUGCAAAGUUUCCUUUCCUCCAUUUUCUAUGCAGUGCAGUGGGAGAUGAUGGAAGUAGGCCCACCUUGGUCUCCCCCUGCCAAUGAGUGCUGAGAGAGACAGUCAGGGAGAGGUCAUUGGCCCUUGUCAGCAUUUUGGGGACUCCUGCUCAAAAGAAUACUGGGUCAGUCAGGCAUCAGGAGAUUUCAGCUCAACAUCUCUUUGGAACUUUCAGGCUCUCUGUGUGGUCUGGAGCUGUGUAUCUGUCCCACUCAAGUCCCACAGAGACACUUAAGCAUAGGUGAUAGAUAGCAAAUGUCCCGUCACACUGAAUUGCCAAGCAUCUGUUAAUCGAUAAUCCUGUUAGAGUUUAAAUAUUGGAAAAGAUGGCUGCUUUCUUCACCUCAACAAGUGCAGCAGAAGGAGGGCCAUUGGCAUCUGGGGAGUGUGGGGAUGUGUGUGGAUGGCAUGUCUGUAAUGCAUCUGCUGUGUGUUUUGUUUAGAUAUGACCACACGAGGCCCUCUGCUGCAGCUGGAGGUGCUGUCGGCACCAUGGCCCACAGUGUGCCCUCCCCAGCUUUCCACAAUCCUCACCCUCCUUCUGAGGUCACUGCGUCCAUUGUGAAAACUAACUCACAUGAACCCGGGAAGCGUGAAAAGAGAACCUUGGUUCUUAGAGACCGAAAUCUGUCUGGCAUGGCUGAAGGAAAGACUCAGCCGAGCAUAGUGAGUAAUCCAGGCAGCUGCAGCGACCCCCAACCCAGCCCCGAGAUGAAGCCGCAUUCCUACCUGGAGGCCAUCAGGAGUGGCCUUGAUGACGUGGAGGCCAGCAGCUCCUACAGCAACGAGCAGCAGCUGUGCCCCUACGCAGCUGCUGGGGAGUGCCGGUUUGGGGAUGCCUGUGUCUACCUGCAUGGGGAGGUGUGUGAAAUCUGUAGGCUGCGAGUCUUGCACCCCUUCGACCCAGAGCAGAGGAAGGCUCACGAAAAGAUCUGCAUGUUGACAUUCGAACACGAGAUGGAAAAGGCCUUUGCCUUCCAGGCAAGCCAGGACAAAGUGUGCAGUAUCUGCAUGGAAGUGAUCCUGGAGAAGGCCUCUGCUUCCGAGAGGAGAUUUGGGAUUCUCUCCAACUGCAAUCACACGUACUGCUUGUCCUGCAUCCGGCAGUGGCGGUGUGCCAAACAGUUUGAAAACCCAAUCAUUAAGUCUUGUCCAGAAUGCCGUGUGAUAUCAGAGUUUGUAAUUCCAAGUGUGUAUUGGGUGGAAGAUCAGAAUAAAAAGAAUGAGUUGAUUGAAGCCUUCAAACAGGGGAUGGGGAAAAAAGCCUGUAAAUACUUUGAGCAAGGCAAGGGGACCUGCCCAUUUGGAAGCAAAUGUCUUUAUCGCCAUGCUUACCCUGAUGGGCGGCUAGCAGAGCCUGAAAAACCUCGGAAACAGCUCAGUUCUCAAGGCACUGUGAGGUUCUUUAAUUCAGUGCGGCUCUGGGAUUUCAUCGAGAACCGAGAAAGCCGGCAUGUCCCCAACAAUGAAGAUGUCGACAUGACAGAGCUCGGGGACCUCUUCAUGCACCUUUCUGGAGUGGAGUCAUCAGAACCCUAAAGAGUAGAUGGUUGCCCUGCAUCUUGGGCUCCAUCGGCCAAAACUUUCCCAAGCCAGGGUGUGCAGAGCUUCCCUGUACUGUAGCCAAGGUGGUGUGUGGCUUGGAUUUGAGUGGAGUUGGGCUUAGCCUUAGUCUCAUUCACUCUCCAUUAUUACAGCCAUGGGGAAGAGUGAAGGAUAUAAAGUAACCUAAUAAGUGUAUGGAAUUACUAUUUUUAUAGCUGAUAUAGUUACACCUCAAGCCCCUCAGGGGUAACAACUAACCACCCAGACUGUUUGUUUGGAUUGACUGCUUUAAAAAACAAACUUGGCUCUUAUCUUUGAUCUUUUCUUUCCCAGAAAUAGUAAACUUGCAGCUGUCCCUAAUGCAGCAUAUUUUUCUUACCAAAGGAUUCUUCAACCCUAUAAAAGGACUCCUCUAUAGUGUAUUUCUCUAGUGUAUUUAGUGUGUGGUCAAAAUUUUGCUUUAUACAGAGCUUUCAAGAAUACACAAUGCAGAGUGAGUGCAGCAUAGCUGUUAACAUACAACUUUUUUCUAGGGCUUUAAGGGUGGUCAUUUUUUUCGAGUUCUCGCAAGUGUCCCAAAUCAGGGUAGCAAUCUUGUUGCCACAUGUGCAGCAAACAAAGUGGAAGUAUAAAUCUUUUUCUCCCUUAGGGAAGCUCUUGAAGGAACAGGAGGUACAGUACUGGGUAGCAGUCUGGCCCUCCUGUCUGGUUGGUGCUGGGGCCUCCAGCCAGGGCCCUCCAGGGGAACCAAACCUCUGCUCUCACCUGUGGGUUCAUGCCCAUCAGGGUAAUUGUAUUGAGAACUCAAAAUACACGUGCACUUACAUAACGUGUGGUUCGUACUCAAGCGAUCUAUUAUCUGCAAAGCCUGGCUUUGAUUUGAAAUUUUGUAAAAAUGUCAUGGCACCCAAGGUUUCUGAUUCUGACCCAGCAGUGGUCCUGAAGAGAGCUGAUGGCAAGUCUUGUAGUCAUUUUAAUUGAAGGGUGAGCACAACCUUGUGAACUAGCACUGGCUUGUUCCAAGCUGGAAUUUAUCUGGUUUUUUUUUUUUAAGCUGUAGCUAUCAAAUAUUUUAUAGAACGCAUUACUUAACCUAUUAGCUGAGUUUAGAAUACUUUCUGCUUAAUUUUUAUACUUAACUCUUCUUCAGUAGAGGGUUACAAAGAGUACAAAGGUUAAAUUACAAAUUCAUUCCCAGCCUAGGCUCUGGGCACAUUUCCUGUUCUUGAAUUCUGCUCCUGAAGAGGGUGAACAAAUGGGACGUUCAAAUUGUGAGCUCAGAAUUACUUUAAAAGGAGGUAACAGCCAUUACACCUAAAUUUAAUUUAUUUUAUUAAAAUAACAUAAAAUUGAGGGACCAUCAGAUAACUGUAUUUUGUCAGGUGCAAUAAAAACAAAAUUAAAACCCAAAUCAUCAA